ACACCCGGACCACCACACGCUCAGACCCGACUCGAGGGACCUCUCCACUCAAACCCCCCCCAAAAGACCAAUUUCGACUUCGAUCUGUGCGAUCAAUUGGCCGACUGCCACCACAAUCAUGCUCCUGCAACGUUCCGCCGUCGCCGUCGCCCGACGAGCUGCCGUCGCCCCCGUCCUGCGGCGCUCCUUCGCGACCAGCAUGAUCCGCCGAGAUGCGACCCCCGCCAAGUCCCAGGAGCAGUCCGUCCAGAAGCUGUCCGACGUCAAGACCAUUAAUGACCUUGUUGGCCCCGGUGCCAAACCUGGUAGCGUUCCCACCGAUCUCGAGCAGUCCACCGGUAUGGAGCGUCUUGAAAUUCUCGGAAAGAUGGAGGGUGUCGACGUCUUCGACAUGCGGCCCCUCGAUGCCUCGCGGAAAGGCACCAUGAAGGAGCCCAUCCUGGUCCGCUCGGCCGGCGAGGAGCAGUACGCCGGUUGCACUGGCCACCCUGUUGAUUCUCACGGCGUCAUCUGGCUGACCAUCUCCCGCGACCGACCCGUCGAGCGAUGCCCUGAGUGCGGCAAUGUCUACAAGAUGGAGUAUGUCGGCCCUCAAGGCCACGACGACCACGGGCACGGACACGACCACCAUGGCUACGAGGAGCCUAAGAACUUCAGCAACUUCGUCAAGCCGGAGUACUGGUAAACUAUUGGCAGGGCAAGGGGCCUCGUGGUUUGUAUAACAACACUUUCACGACGAGACUCGAAUAGAUGAUGGAUAGCAAGUGAAACUUUCAGGGGGCUCAAAGGACCAGCGGGGGCGGCCGUUGUAGACUAUUUAGGUUGGGGCAAGUGCAUAGAAGUCUUGUUUCUUCUUCG